GUUGCCCAGGCUGUAGCAGUGGCGCGAUCUCGGCUCACCGAAACCUCUGCCCUCCGGGUUCAAGCGAUUCUCCUGCCUCAGCCUACCGAGUAGCUGGGAUUACCAGUGCCUACCACCAUGCCCGGCUAAUUUUUUGGUAUUUUUAGUAGAGAUGGGGUUUCACCACGUUGGUCAGGCGGGUCUCGAACUCCUGACCUCGGGUGAUCCACCUUCCUCGGCCUCCCAAAGUGCUGGGAUUACAGGUGUGAGCCGCCACGCCUAGCCUUCUCCUCAACUUUCUGCCAGGACAUCUAACAGCAUUGACUUCUAAAGACUCUUGGCACAUGAGGAAGAAACCCAGAAGAGGAGAGCAAAGGAGUCAGGAAUGGCUCUUACUCAGUUGACAUUCAGGGACGUGGCCAUCGAAUUCUCUCAAGACGAGUGGAAAUGCCUGAACUCUACACAGAGGACUUUAUACAGGGAUGUGAUGUUGGAGAACUACAGGAACCUGGUCUCCCUGGAUCUCUCUUGUAACUGUGUAAUCAAGGAAUUAGCACCACAACAGGAAAGUAACACAGGAAAAGUAUUCCAAACAGUGACAUUGGAACAACAUGAAAAACAUGACAUUGAAGAGUUUUGCUUCAGGGAAAUCAAGAAAAAAAUACAUGACUUUGACUGUCAGUGGAGAGAUGAUGAAAGAAAUUGCAACAAAGUGACUAUGGCACCAAAAGAAAAUCUUACUUGUAGAAGAGACCAACACGAUAGAAGAGGUAUAGAAAACAAGUCUAUUAAAAAUCAGCUUGGAUUAAGCUUUCUAUCACAUCCCCCUGAACUGCAGCAGUUUCAAGCUGAAGGGAAAAUUUAUGAAUGUAACCAUGUUGAGAUGUCUGUCAACCAUGGUUCCUCAGUUUCACCACCCCAAAUAAUUUCUUCUACCGUCAAAACCCAUAUUUCUAAUAAAUAUGGGACUGAUUUCAUCUGUUCUUCAUUACUCACACAAGAACAGAAAUUAUGCAUUAGGGAAAAACCUUACAGAUAUAUUCAUUGCGACAAAGCCUUGAAUCAUGGCUCACACAUGACUGUACAUCAGGUAAGUCAUUCUGGAGAGAAACGAUAUAAAUGUGAUCUAUGUGGCAAGGUCUUUAGUCAAAAAUCAAACCUCACGCGCCAUUGGAGAGUUCAUACUGGAGAGAAACCAUACAAAUGUAAUGAAUGUGACAAAGGUUUCAGUCGCAACUCAUGCCUUGCACUACAUCGGAGAGUUCAUACUGGAGAGAAGCCUUACAAAUGUUAUGAAUGUGACAAGGUCUUCAGUCGAAAUUCAUGCCUUGCACUACAUCAGAAAAUUCAUAUUGGAGAGAAACCUUACAAGUGUAAUGAGUGUGGCAAAGCCUUUAGUGUGAGGUCAACACUCACCAACCAUCAGGUAAUUCAUAGUGGCAAGAAACCUUACAAAUGCAAUGAAUGUGGUAAGGUGUUCAGUCAGACUUCAAGCCUUGCAACUCAUCAGAGAAUUCACACUGGGGAGAAACCAUACAAGUGUAAUGAAUGUGGUAAAGUCUUCAGUCAGACUUCAAGCCUUGCAAGGCAUUGGAGAAUUCAUACUGGAGAGAAACCUUACAAAUGCAAUGAAUGUGGUAAGGUUUUCAGUUACAAUUCACACCUUGCAAGUCAUCGGAGAGUUCAUACUGGAGAGAAACCUUACAAGUGUAAGGAGUGUGGCAAAGCCUUUAGUGUGCAUUCAAACUUAACAACCCAUCAGGUCAUCCAUACUGGAGAGAAACCUUACAAAUGCAAUGAGUGCGGCAAAGCCUUCAGUGUGCAUUCAAGCCUAACUACCCAUCAGGUCAUCCAUACUGGAGAAAAACCUUACAAAUGUAAUGAGUGUGGCAAAUCCUUUAGUGUGCGCCCAAACCUCACUAGACAUCAGAUAAUCCAUACUGGAAAGAAACCUUACAAAUGUACUGAUUGUGGGAAGUCCUUUAGUGUGCGCCCAAACCUCUUCAGACAUCAAAUUAUCCAUACUAAGGAGAAACCUUGUAAAAGAAAUUAAUAUGGCAAGGUCUUCAAAGUUUAAAUCUUGUGAGUCAUCAAAGAAUUUAUACCAGAGAGAAACCAUACAAGUAUAAUAAAUGUGGCAAGGUUUUCAGUCACAAUUCACUCCUACACAGCAUCAGAGAAUUUCAUUCUUGAGAGGAUCCUUACGAGAACAGCAAACCCAUCAUCAUGAGUUCACGCAUUCAUUGACAUCAGAGUCCAUGCUAAAGAGAAAUCAUAUACACCUAAGUGUGUGGCAGAGGCUUCAUUUAGGUCUCACAACUCACUAGACAUCAAAAUGUGUACACAUCUUUGUAUAUUUUGUGCAUGUUGAAGCUAUUAACCAAGGAACAAAACUGUAACACAUCCAAGGAUUUAUGUCAGGAAUAAUUCAGUCUAGUUGUGCUGAUAAACUUUUCAUAUUACACAUUGUAGAACAACUGCAAGCCCAAAUGUGUUAAAACUCACACAACAUGAUGUAUAUUAAAGGUUGCAGGAUGUUUGAAGUCACUGGUUGUCUCAGAUUUUAAAAUAUUUUAUUUAUUUAUUUUAGGUGUCUUGCAAGGCUACUACUUUAUACUUUAGGAUUUAUGACUUUCAACCGAAACCUUGAAAUCUGUCGAUAGGCCUCCUUACCUGCCUUUCAUGGCAAUGUCUGGGAAAGAAUCAGUAAGAUGGAAGGGCUCACUGCAUUAGAUGAGGAUCAUUUCUAUUCAGAUUCUUUGAAGAAUAAGGACUCUGCCUUGGCAAAUUACCAAGCAUGGGGGCAGGCAGAGAAUAAUGCAAAACGAUGAUGUUCAUCAUCAUCCUUAUUGUGUUCAGGAUGUUCUCCUGACAGAUGGCACUUUGGGUUAUAGGAAAGAGAUGACCUACAAACUGACCAUGAAACAGAGCAGACCACGACCGGGCGCGGUGGCUCACACCCGUAAUCCCAGCACUUUGGGUGGCUGAGGUGGGUGGAUCAUGAGGUCAGGAGUUCAAGACCAGCCUGGCCAAGAUGGUGAAAUCCCGUCUCUACUAAAAAUACAAAAAUUAGCUGGGCGUAGUGGUGGGCGCCUGUAAUCCCAGCUACUUGAGAGACUGAGGCAGGAGAAUCGCUUGAACCCAGGAGGCGGAGGUUGCAGUGAGCCGAGAUUGCACCACUGCACUCCAGCCUAGGUGACUGAGAGAGACUUCUGUCUCAAAAAAAAUCAGAGCAGACCAAGACCUUAGACACUGGGAUUUGUGGGAGGAGCGUAAUGGGUUAUUAGUGACUGAUUACAUGGUGGAAAUAAUUCAGGGGGAGACGGUGGCCACCUUCUGCAUGGAAUGGCCAUGGCUGUUACAUAGCCAAGAUUGAAACCACAAUAGAAACCACAACCUCAGAUGGACCAAAAUAGCAUGUUAUUGAUUAGGAUUCACAUUUACUGCUGGUAUUACAUUUGGCUACUGUUUUAUUCAGAAUGUAUCAUAGAUCUCAUGUGCUAAUUAAUAAAAUCUGAUUUUUGCAUAACUA